AUGUCUCUGCUACAAGCCUUAUUGGAGCAUCAGGGAUCGAAAAUCCCCUUUCCACCCAGAGGGGUUUCUUCUUCUUAUAGGGUGAUGAUGAAGGAUAAUGAUGGUGUGGUUUUCACGCCUGGUAAAAAAGAGGAGAGGAGAGGAAGAAAAAACUUGGACAGUUUCAAUUUACAGUUGAUUGGGAAUAAAGUAAAGGAAUUCUAUAUAGUUCGGAAGGAAAUUACAACAGUAAUGAAACUGUUGAAGAUAUUGAUUUCAACGGAGGAAGAGAAUCUCUGA